AUACCAAUACGGCACAUGUAUUUACCUGUGCAGGUGAGGUUGCCCUGACGGAACAGUGCACACUAUUGGUGCACACACCGCAAAUCGCCGCAUAUGAUGCUCUUUGUCCCAGAAGCCCAUUGUAUACAGCGGAGGAAACCCUGUGCCGUGAGCAGCCAUCUUGGAUAGACAGAUCAUACUUGAGCCAGGAUAACCUGCAUUCCUUUUUCUGAACAGCUCAAGAACACAAAGCUCAAAAGACUUAAUUUCUGAGCCACGAUGGCCACCGCACCAUACAACUACUCUUACAUUUUCAAAUACAUCAUUAUUGGGGACAUGGGGGUAGGGAAGUCAUGUUUGCUUCACCAGUUCACAGAAAAGAAAUUCAUGGCUGACUGCCCCCAUACUAUUGGCGUAGAGUUUGGUACGAGGAUAAUCGAGGUGAGCGGCCAGAAGAUCAAGCUGCAAAUUUGGGACACAGCGGGACAAGAACGCUUCAGGGCCGUUACCCGCUCCUACUACCGCGGAGCCGCAGGGGCGCUCAUGGUCUACGACAUCACCAGGAGAAGCACGUACAACCACCUCAGCAGCUGGCUGACUGAUGCUAGAAACCUCACCAACCCCAAUACUGUGAUCAUUCUUAUAGGAAACAAAGCAGACCUGGAGGCCCAGAGGGACGUCACGUAUGAGGAAGCGAAGCAGUUUGCUGAGGAGAACGGUCUGUUGUUUCUGGAAGCCAGUGCAAAAACAGGUGAAAAUGUCGAGGACGCCUUCCUGGAAGCUGCUAAGAAGAUCUACCAGAACAUCCAAGAUGGCAGCCUGGACCUGAACGCCGCCGAGUCGGGGGUCCAGCACAAGCCCUCCGCCCCUCAGGGCGGCCGGCUAACCAGCGAACCACAGCCCCAGAGGGAAGGCUGUGGCUGCUAAUGACCAAGCAAACCCCCCUUCAUCUUCCCUUCCUCGAUCUUUCUGUCUCUCUCUCACUCUCUCCGUCUGUCCUGCCCGCCCUCCCUUAACCACCCCUCUCCUCCAUCCAUUCCUCCACCUCCGUACGUCCAUCCACCCUCCUCCCACAUCGCACCAGGAGCUGCAUGAGAGCAGGGCUGCGGAGGAAAGGAACGGGGGGCGGAUAUCGACUUGGGCCAGACUGAGCUUGGCUGUGUGGACUACAUCUCUCCUCCCCACCUCUUCCUCCUCUUCUCCCUCCUCCUCCUCUCUGCUCGUCUGCCUCCCUUAGUUGCCACCGCACUCACCCUCUCUAAACUCUGUCAGUGUGUUGUCGUCCCAUAACUCUCCUCUUUCGCUCCCCUCCACUCUUCAUACACCAUUCAGCGCAGUCCCCCCUCCAUCAUAGAAUCGUAGACGCCACACACAUCACACGGGUUACUGACACUUUAGAUAGACGUAAUGUUCAUACGAUAAUGAUAAACCGAGACUGUUUUUUUAUGUUUGGUUUUAUAGCUAUAUAUGACGUGUAAACACUGCGUUAAGUUUCAUCCACCACUGAUCAAUCCAUACGAAUCUGAUCUGAAUUACAUUUCGCAAACUCCCAACGCCUCUCUUGCAUGGUUUACCAAUCCAGCAUUUACUCGGGCGGGUGGGAUAUCUCGCUCGCGGUUCAUUUCUGUGAAGGAAAAUAAAGUAGUGUUUCAGCCAGCCACACAGUUAGAGGCUCUUAAGUGUGGUGUAGAAGAAUGUGUAGCCCAGUGAGCUCUUUCAGCAGGAUUCAAACCUGCUUGUGGCUUUUUAUUUCUGCACAAAGCGAGUUGAUGAUGCUCUAAGGAGAGAAAACGUGUAGGAAACUAGGAAUUACCCACAAAUUCCUUGCGGGUGAUCUCCUCUCUCUCUUCUGAGAUUCCACACGAAGGAAUAAUGGGUGUUUUCCAGCUUGUCUGUCUGUCUGUGUGCGUGUGUGUGUGUGUUAGUGAGUGUCUGUGUGUUAAGAAGUUGGGUGGGAUUUUCUUUUGACUAAGUUAAAAUGACACUUAAACAAAAGAAGAACAUGGGAAAAAAAAACAUGGCAUUUGUUUUGUUUUUGUUUUUUUGUUUUUUUAACAGAAGAUUCAUUCACAUCAGUUUCUUUGUACCAGCUCCCCUUCUCCUCACCCAUCUGACCCCUUCAAAACGCUUUCCCACCCAGUUCAUAUCAACAAAUUCUGUCUUUACCAGCAUUUUCUUUGUCAUUGUUUGUUGCCUUAUUAUGAUUAAUGUUAUUACUCUUUAAUCUUUAUCGUUUUGCUGCACUUGCUCUUCACACUGCUGAUGGACUCGCCACCCAAUUCAAUGAAUCAACUCUUUUAAGAAGUAAUUAUCGCAUUUUACUGGAGGAUAACAGAAACAUACAAGUGGUGGCUGAACAUAUGUAUCAGCAGCAUGGUCUUAAGCCCACAUCUUGACUAAGAUGAAAUAGACAAACCGUCAACACUCCUUUAUCUCAAGUGCUGCACUGAAGAGCCGAUCUGUUGUUCAUUUGGGUGGUCAUUCCUCUGCCUUGUAUAAUACAACACCAAGCCGCAUGCCCCCCCCCCCCCCCUCAAAAAACACUGCAGUGAAAUUGUCAAAAAUCCAAUAAUGCUUUUUUGUUUUUCCUCCAAAGUACAACUUUUCUGUACCAUAGAGUGAUUCCCUGAUUGGACAGCUGUAUAUAUUGCUUCUUAACUAUUGGUGAUGACCUCGCUACUUGGGAUUUAGAAAAUUUAUUUGCUGGCUCUGCCAAGAUUUGUACAGUUGAUGUGCUAGUGGGUUGCCUGUAAUUCAUGCUUGGGAAAUUCUGUAACAUAGUUUCUAUUAAUAAAUGUAUGUAAAGGACAGAUACCUAGACACCCCCCAACCACCCCCGUCCGCACACUACUGAACCUGUCGAUUGGUUGAGGGGAGAAGAAGUGGAUUGAGAUGAUGUGCAAACUUAGUAUUUAUGUCUGUUGAUUCCUCUCAUUUCUGUAUGGAGUGGAGAAUGGGGCACUUUUAUGUUUAUAUUCUGUUUUUCUUUUUCCACCCCAUGGGAGGGGCCUGCGUCGCUGUCUUAAACUUAUGGGGAGUGGGGAUUGGUUUGUUAUCGUGGGAAGUCGGUGGGCUGGGUCUUCCUUUUUCCUGUGUCCCACCUCUUCGCAGCCUGAGUAACCACUUCCUGCUUUUGUCUGUCCACAAGUACAAAAAAAAGUACAUAUGUAUAAAUUUUUAAGGAGCUGUGCUAACAUUUAAAUGCGUUCUUGAGUGUAUAUGAUUUUAAAAUGUUGACAUUUUGAUUUUAAUGACAAAAUACUCUAGACAGAAAAAAUAAAUUAUACAUAACCUGUU